AUGUUGAAACACGAAGACUACACUGUCGGGUGGAUAUGCGGCAUCACUACGGAAUAUGUCGCUGCGCAAUCUUUCCUCGAUGAACGGCACGAUGGACCAGAAGACGUCUCCACGAACGACAGCAAUGACUACACACUUGGAACAAUGGGAAAACACAAUGUUGUCAUUGCUGUGUUGCCUGACGGCGAGUACGGUAUAGCCUCUGCAGCAGCUGCCGCGAGAGACAUGCUACAUACGUUUCCAAACGUCAGGAUCAGCUUGUUAGUCGGUAUCGGCGGCGGCGCGCCAAGCAAGAAGCAUGACAUCCGCCUGGGUGACGUUGUUGUUAGCAUUCCGAGCAGUAAGGCCACUGGCAGCGUGUUACACUACGGCUUUUCCAAGACGAUGCAAAACCAGAACUUCGAGACCAUUGGAUACUUGAAUCUUCCGCCCACAGUUCUGCGGUCAGCGGCAAACGGACUCAAGGCAAGCUAUGAGUCCGAUGGCCAUCAAAUACAGGAGGCCAUUGACAGCAUCCUUCACAAGAAGUCCAAGCUGCGGAAGAAGUACUCGCGGCCAGACCCGAGCAGCGAUAGGCUCUAUCAGAGCGACGUUGUUCAUCCGCUCUCUGAUGAUGAUGAUAUAUCCUGUGCUUCAGUCUGCGGAAGUAAUCCAGCAAACUGGGUGAGACGGUCCAAGCGAAGUGAAGAGGAUGAUGAUCCGGCAAUUCACUACGGGCUUAUUGCGUCGGCUAGCCAACUGGUCAGAGACGCCACUAUCCGAGACACACUUGCACGAGAAAAGGACAUCUUGUGCUUUGAGACAGAAGCCGCGGGCCUCAUGAACCGUUUCCCGUGUCUAGUAAUACGCGGCAUAUGCGACUACUCAGACACACAUGCAGAUACGGCAUGGCAAGGGUAUGCGGCAAUGACAGCCGCAGCUUAUACGAAGGAUCUGCUCUCUCGGAUCCCCGUUAGUAAGGUUCAAGCUGAGAGGAAGAUCGGCGAGAUUCUCUCUGGUAUGUAUAGGCGGGAUUAUCUCUAUUUAUCUUGCAGUUUCAUUAACUCGCAGGUUAUAGGUGUCGAAGAAGGUGUCAACAAACUCCUCCAUAUACAACAUGAUCGAUAUGAGGAGGAAAUCCUCAACUGGCUUUCCCCAAUCAAUUACGCCUCUACACAAAUUGAUCAUAUCGCGAGACGGCAACCGGGGACUGGCCAAUGGUUCCUGGGUUCCGCGGAAUACCAGACUUGGUUGAAGGGUGACAGACUGACGCUGUUUUGCCCUGGUAUUCCUGGGGCCGGGAAAACAAUGAUCACAGCAAUUGUUAUCGACGACAUUUACAACCGGUUCCACAAUGAUACCACUGUGGGAAUUGCUUACUUAUACUGCGAUUAUCGCCGACAAUACGAACAGACGAUAGAAGAGUUACUGUUAAGCUUAGUGAAGCAAUUGGCCCAGAGACAGGCUACGGUACUCAACGAAGUGCCUGAGCUUUGUAGCAAGUAUCCGACGGAGCCCAAAUCACUGUCCCUUGAUCAUAUCCUGAUUCUCCUUCACUCAGUCAGCAAGCUCUUUUCCAGAGUCUUUGUGAUUGUUGAUGCCUUGGAUGAAUGCCGAGCUGAUGGAUGUCGUACGAAGCUUCUCGAUGCGAUCUUCAAUCUUCAAGUUACGGAGCGCACAAACAUCUUCUUGACAGCAAGGUUCAUCCCCGACAUCUUGAACAUAUUCAAAGAAAGCGCUACACUGGAGAUUCGAGCUCAAGACGAAGAUGUGCAACAAUUUAUUACGAACCAAAUCACAAAACUGCCAUCAUUCGUCUUGAGUGAUGCAGAUUUGCAGAAUGAGAUCAAGACUAUCAUAGCAAAGGCCGUAGAUGGAAUGUUCCUUCUCGCUGCAUUGCACAUGGACGCCCUAUGUCAAGAGCCCACAGUCGGCCAUAUUGAACUGGCACUGAAAAGUCUGCCCCGAGGCUUAGACGAGAUGUACACAAGGGCGAUGAUUCGAGUCAAAAGCCAAGGAGUAGGUGCCCAAGAUCUGGCGAUGAAGAUACUCGCCUGGGUCAUACACGCGAGAAGAGCCCUGUCCUUGGCUGAGCUCCAGCACGCGGUCGCAGUUGAACCUGGAAAGCCAGAGUUGAACUGCAAGUUUAUUCCAAGCAGCGACGUGAUCAGGACUAUCUGUGCAGGUCUGAUUACCAUCGACAAUGAAAGCAACGCUGUUCGGUUGGUCCAUCAUACAACUCAGGAAUACUUUGAAAAAGCCCGAGAGAUGUGGUCUCUGAACGAUCAGUCUAUUAUCGCCACGGCCUGCAUUGCAUACUUAUCCCUCAGCACAUUUGAGAGUGGAUGUUGUCCGACAGACGCCGCGUAUGCCAGUCGGCUACAGGAAAACCCCCUCUACAUGUACGCUGCACGGCACUGGGGGCAUCAUAUCUGCGAAUCUUGGGCAGGUUAUGACGGUGCCAUGGAAUUUCUCCAAUGUAACGCCAAGAUGGAAGCAGCAAGCCAGGCAUUGAUGGUCGACUGGCCGUUUACAAUGCCUUCAUAUACGAAUAGCCAAUCCUUCCCAACAGACAUGACGGGGCUACACCUAGCAGCAUACUUUGGACUCGAAGGGGCAGUCAAGGCUCUGCUUGCAAGCCAUGAUCCCGAUGCUCAUAAUAGCUACGAACGGACACCACUGUCGUAUGCAGCAGAGAGCGGACAUACGGCUGUGGCGCAGCUGCUACUCGACACAAGAAGGGUCGACGUGAACAGCAUGGAUUGCCUUGGAGAGGCUCCUCUACAUAGGGCAACGUAUGAUGGCCAUGAGGCGGUGGUUAAGCUGCUGCUAAGGCAGACAGGUAUCAUCGCAGACCAUGAGGGGAAAUACGAAGGGCGGACACCUCUGUCUUUUGCAGCCGGAGAGGGACACGAGGCGGUGGUGGAGUUGCUGCUUGCGAAGGGCGAGGGACUCGACGUCAACUCACAGGAUAGCCGCGGACAGACAGCGAUUAUGCUUGCGGCCAAGAAUGGGCAUGAGGCAGUGGUGAGACUGUUACGAGCGGCAGAGGGAAUUAACGUUAACUCAGAAGAUUGCGACGGACACACAGCGUGUAUGCUUGCGGCUGAGAAAGGGCAUACGGCAGUGGUGAGAGUAUUACUGGAGGUAGACGGCAUCAAGGCGAACACCGAGGACUGGGUCGAAGGGGACGAGUCUGACGAAGACUACGUAGUCUUGAGAGCACGGAGUCUCCAGAGGAUAAGCCACAUGUAG